AUGUGGCCCCUACCUGGAUACGCCCAUCCAGCUCGUUUGAUCUCCCCCGCAAGUGUUCUUCGGCGUCGGCGAGGAAAUAGUUUUGAAAUCGCCACUCUUCUUUGCAGUUUGCUAAUUGGCGCUGGAUACCCGGCUAUGGUAGCAUCUGGAGUUGCACGUGCAAAUACAGUUUUAAACGAUCAACGCCAUAUACUCUUCCCACAUCAGAUAAAGGACAUAAAAACGGAAGAGGAGGAGAAGUCCAAAAGUGCAGCGGGUGAGAAAUAUAAACUGCGUACAAUUCCUGAUUUUGAAAGUCACCUAGAAGAAAACAUGGCAGGUAUGAUGAAACUAAAAGAAGACUAUGAAAGACGCGUUCGCGAGGAAGCAGAACGGGUGGAAUUGGAGGAAAUGGAAUUGAUUGCUGUGGAUAAAUACCAUUUUAGACGGUCUCAUGCAUGGGUUAUUAUUGUCGAUAAUGCUCCAUGGAGUAUUAAACCAAAGAAAACAUAUAUAAACGAUGAAGGCGAUGAAGUGGCUGAGCCACCUAAGGUGCGGUUUAUUGAACCGUCAACUGGCUUCAUUUGUGAAACUUAUUGCAAGCAGUAUAUAAUUAUUGAUAGCGUGUGGGAUCAUCAAAAUUAUUAUGUUAAUAUGCAAAAGUAUCAGAGGGUGACUGAAAUACGUUGGAACUUACAAGAUAACAAUGACUGGCAGCAUUUAUUGCCAGGAGAGCCUCCUGAAAUGCGUAUAUAUCCUGCGGGAUCUAAGGAAAACAUAACAGAAAGCGUACGUACAUUGAGGGAAGAAAAGCAUUUAGACACCAUUCUAUCAUGGGUUAUUAAACUACAUAUUGGACUUAAGGAAUUUGAAGAAAGAUUCCCCAAUUUAGAAAAAACUAUAGAAUACGCUGGAGCCAUUCAUAACCGCUUUUCACCUUACUCACAACGCGAUGGCAAAGCUGAGCAAUUAACAUUGUAUGACGAUGGUGACAAUAAAAAGCCAAGUAUACGUUGGGAAUAUUAUGAAAAUAGGGUGGACUUGCUGCAACAAAUAAAAUAUUUUUUUAACACUGGGAAAAUAGAGGAAACGUUUUUUAAAGGACGGAGCGAUAGUCUUCGGU